AUGGGCUCUAAGUACCCACAGUCUGUGCGGGGCUGCCUGCCCCUGUGGGUCUUAGUGUUAGAGGCAGUUCUAAUUGUCAUCUUCUUCUGUUUCACUUCCUAUGACACCUCCACAAUGGAUAAGAGAAAGCUUCUGAGGAUCUAUCCAGUUUUCCAAGAUAUUGUUGUCAUGGCGACUGUUGGAUUGGGCUUCCUUACUUCCUCUUUACGGAGACAUGGCUGGAGCAGUGUGACUUUCAACCUCUUUAUGCUGGCCCUUGGGGUGCAGUGGGCAAUCUUGCUGGAUGGCUUCCUUAACCAAUCAUCACUUGGGAAGGUCAUCGUCAUCAAACUAUCCAGUAUUAAGCUGGCUACCAUGAGUGCUAUGUCCGUGCUGAUCUCAGCAGGAGCUGUCUUGGGCAAGACUAACCUGGUACAGUUGGUACUGAUGGCGCUGGUGGAGGUAACAGUUUUUGGCACCAUGAGGAUGGUCUGCAGACAGUACCUCAAUAUGGACAGUCACGUAAGCAUGAUGCACAUCCACGUGUUUGCAGCAUAUUUUGGGUUGGCUGUGGCCUGGUGCCUCUCAAGACCUCUGCCAGAGGGAACUGAGGAGAAAAAUCACACGGCCACCAGCCCCAGUUUGUUUGCCAUGCUGGGCACCCUUUUCUUGUGGAUGUUCUGGCCAAGUUUCAACUCAGCUCUGCCGGACAUUCCGAGUCAAAAGAAGAAUGCCAUCUUCAACACCUACUAUGCCCUUGCUGUCAGUGCAGUGACAGCCAUCUCUGUAUCAGCCUUGACUCACCCUCAAGGGAAGAUCAGCAUGACUCAUAUCCACAAUGCAGUGCUGGCAGGAGGUGUGGCUGUGGGUGCCUCAUGUCACCUGAUCACAUCUCCUUGGCUAGCCAUGGUGCUGGGCCUUAUAGCUGGACUGAUCUCUAUUGGUGGAGCCAAGUGCUUACCGGUGUGUUGUAACCGCGUGCUGGGGAUCCACGACACUGGUGGUGUGCAUUACACCUUCGGCCUACCUGGGCUGCUUGGAGGAGUUGCCUACAUUGUGUUGAUCGCUCUUCAAACCAACUGGACCAAAACAUCCAUGAUCAGUUACCAAGUGCUUAUCGACACUGGUGCACUCAGCUUGGCUGUGGCUAUGGGUUUGGUGUCUGGUCUCCUAACAGGUUUGAUCUUAAAUCUCAAAAUAUGGAAAGCACCUCAUGUGGCUAAAUAUUUUGAUGAUCAAGCUUUCUGGGAGUUUCCUCAUUUGGCGAUUGGAUUUUAA